AUGAUCAUAUGAUAGUGGCAAAAGCACAUGACAGUAGAGUACUAAUGGCCGGGGCAGACUGGAUAUCCCCCACAGCAGCGAGUUAAGUGGGCCUGCCGUUAGAAGUCAUGGAGGUGGAGGUUGUGUUUCCUCAAGUGUGUGGAGCCUUCUAUAAGGCAUUCCUACUAGAGGUGGAUCUGUCCAACAGUAAGGCAAAGGUUGGAUUCCCUAAAAACUGGCGAGCUGUCUCGUGGACUGAGUUAGGACAGAUACGCUGUCCGGACAGUGGCGAUGGUGGCCGUACCUUGAUUCCUGGAUGCAAGGUGGAGGCACUCCUGCCUCACCAUGACAACGAGUACCCAGGCUGGUGGACUGGAGUCCUCAUAAAGUCAAAGGGAGAGCUGAAUGUGGUAGAGUUCCAGUCAGGUAGUGAGAAGUACCAGGACAUUGUGGAACAAGAGAAACUGCGUCUACCCAACAACAGUCCACCAUUAUCCAAGAUGGAUCUCCUCACCAAGAGCUACGAUGUCCCUCCCGAGCUACAAGACUAUUGCAGUAGAACUGCUGUUCAUGAGAACUUUCGUGCCAAAAUCCGUGCUCUGUGUGUCAUGUUCUGUGAUGGCUCCCUCACUGUCCUCACAUGUGACGAUGACUGCCUGGAGAGAGCGGAUAUCCUCAUAGACAUGCACCUCAAGGACCUCAACACUCAGAAGUCCCUAUUAGCCAGGAAUGAUAUGGUGGCUCAUAAAAUGUCCCAGUCGAUGGUUCGGGAGAGGCGCUCUGAGGGAGGGGCCAGUUUAGUAGAGGUCAUAAGGUUCAUAGUGCCUCAGGAUUUGGUGGGACUAGCUAUUGGAAGAGAAGGCUCCAAUGUGAAUGAGGCGCGGAGGAUCCAGGGGGUAAUAUCGAUAGAGUACAAUGAUGAUGACUCCAUGUUUGAGAUCAAGGGAGAGACUAAGGAAGCGGUCCUCAAGGCCAGGGAUCAAAUAGAGUACUCCAAGGAUACUAUGCUCAUCCCCAGGGGACUGGCAGGCAAGGUGAUUGGUCGCGGAGGUAACGUCAUUACAGAUAUUUUAGAGAAGUCUCAAGUGAACAACGUGAAGGUGGUGGGAGAUGAAGAAGCUCGCAAGAGAGAUAUUGAUACUGGAGAGAGUGUGGCCUUUGAUUUCAUUGGACGCAGGAGAUGUAUAGAUAAUGCCAAGCUCAUGAUGGAGUAUCAUGUUGAUCACCUCAAGGAUGUGGAGAGUAUCCUAGCAACACGGAGGGAGAUGGGACCAGACGAGGACACACCCACUUAUUACCCUCGUCCCAGUGAUGAUAGGCGUAGAGGGGGGCGUGGUGCACGUGGGAGAAGAGGUCGCGGGGGUCACAGACCAAACACUGACACUGCUGUUGAUGAACGUGAACGUGGUGAGGAUAGUCACAUGUCUGACUCUAGUUCAAGUGUGGAAGAUGUGGACACUGACAAUGACAAUAGAAAGAGCUCCUCUGAGGAAGAACCACCGCCCCCUGAUCGUAGACGAACAAGGGGACCCCCCAGAGGGGGUGGACGUGGCAGAGGGCGUGGUGGCUACAGACGCUCUCGACAGGGAAGGGGUGGGGCCAGAGGAGGAGGACGACCUUCAGCACCUCAGAGUGAGUCCCAGGAGGCAGUAAAGGAGGAGAGCAAUGAUGGCGAGUCCCCCAAGCCUCAGCGACAGACUACACGUAGAGGUGGUGGAAGGGGGCGUGGUCAGCGUCACCAGGAACAGGAGGUUGCUACAGAAGCUCCUCCUCCCUCUGAGGAUAAGACCCCCCCCCAGGAACCAGCGGACACUAGCCAACCCCCCAGGGAGUCUUAGUAACUGUCAUUAUGACACGCCUCUCUUACAUGAGCUAUCAACUUUCUAGUUAUCGUUUUGUCAUGUGAUUGAUCUGCUUUGCUAUUUACAUAAUAAUUAUUGUGAUUAAUAUUUAAUAAUAAUUAUUGUUUAUAAUUA